AUGGCAAAUAUACAUGUGCAAAUGGCCCGUUCAACGGUCAAUGCUGCUCGCCAGGUGGUUUCUGUGGUACGACCGAUUCUCAUUGCAAGACUGGGUGCCAGAGAGAUUAUGGGACGUGUAAAUAAGCGAAUGGAUUGCUCUGAUGCUUACUUCUAUGUUGCGCCGUCACCCAUCUGUAGGUCCUAG